AAAAAGAAAGAAAAAAAACCAGUGUCAGUGAUGAGGAAACUAAACUCUUUGAAACGUGGACUUAUCGAGGAUCUAUAUUUGCGGGGAGACGUGGCGCGCGGUCACGAUGCGAUACAAUGAACAACACCACGACAGCGACUGAAGCAGACGGUGACGCCAGCAGAUACGUCGUUCUCGUGUUGAUGUGCCUCGUCAAUCUGACGGCCGUCGUCGGCAACGUGAGCAUCAUCGUUGUCGUCCUGCGAUGUUUCCAGCUGCGACACACUCUGACCAACUUCUUUGUGCUCAACCUGAGCGUCGUGGAUUUGCUCGGCUCCGUAGUCGCCCUGCCCGUGGGGAUCUCGUCCUUCCUGCACGAUGCGUGGCCCUACGGGUCGCGCUGGUGCGUCGUCAGCGGCGCCGUCACCAGCUUCUCGGUGUACGCCUCAAUCUGCAGCCUGUGUCUGAUCAGCGUGGAGCGUUACUACUCCAUCAAGCUGCCCAUGCACCACGCCGCCAACAUGAGCCUUCAGAAGACGGUGUGCGCCCUCGUUUUCGUGUGGGUACAGAACACGGUGCUGGCCGUGCUACCCGUGCUGGGGGUCAACUCGUACACCUACCAGGACCACAAGAAACACUGCUCAGUCACGUGGCAGGGCCCGCCAUCCAACGCAGUUUUCGUUUUGUUUAUUAGCGUCUGGUGCUUUCUAGUUCCGGGAGUCAUUCUCUUGCUGAUGCAUUGUGGGAUAUUUCGAGUAGCUCGCGAAGCUGCCAGACAAAUCCGUCCCUACCCCUCAACCCCAACCGUAUCCGUCCUUGUUGGAGACCGCCAGUCGGACAGUCAGACCACGGAGCACGUGGGGCGGGUGCCCGUGAGGUGUACGCGACUCCUCAGUUGGUGCGUGCCUGGUGGUGACGACAGCGUGGUGCCCGUGGUGGAGCGCUCCAUGUCGGCCCACCUGUUCCAGCACACGCCGCGCCCCUACAAAGGUCACCUGAAGGCCAUCAAGACGCUAAUCAUCAUCUUCUCGUCCUUCCUGCUGCUCUGGGGUCCCUACUUCGUCCUGCACGCCUACGGUGCCAUCACCGGCUACGUGGCGCGAAGGGCGACGAGCGAGCUGGUGACCACGUGGCUGGGGUACACGACGUUCGCGGUGAACCCGCUGCUGUACGGGUGGAUGAACCGCGCCAUACGCCAGGAGCUGAUCGCCUUCUACCAGAAUGACGUCUGCUUCUGCUUGCACGCGGCCGGCCCGCCCCCCGGGCACAGUGACGCACCGCGCGAGCACGAGGACUUUAUCCAGUUCCUGGAGAGGACGAGCUACAAAGCCGUGUCCCCCAACCAGAACUCUCGAGCCGUCAAAGUGGCCGAGAACAGUGCACGAACACACCGUGAACACGUCCAUACUGUCAACAAAGAACAAACUCACUGUGAAAACGUGAAUGAUGUUAAUAAAGAGCGAACACACUGUGAACACGUUCAUACUGUCAACAAAGAACAAACUCACUGUGAAAACGUCAAUAAUGUUAAUAAUGAGCGAACACACUGUGAACACGUUCAUACUGUGAACAAAGAACACACUCACUGUGAAAAUUUUAAUAACGUGAAUAAUGAUCGAACACACUGUGAACAUGUUCAUCCUGUGAACAAAGAACAAACACACUGUGAACAUGUUAAUAAUAUGAAUAAUGAGCAAACACACUGUGAACAUGUUCAUACUGUGAACAGAGAACAAACUCACUGUGAAAAUGUUAAUGUGAAUAAUGAACGAACACACUGUGAACAUAUUCAAACUGUGAAUAAAAAACAAACACACUGUGAACAUAUUAAUAAUAUGGAUAAUGAGCGAACACACUGUGAACAUGUUCAUACUGUAAAAGGUGAAGGAACACACUGUCAGCAUGUUCAUACAAUGAACAAAAACCGGACACACUGUGAACAUACUGUGAAUAAUGAACGAACACAGCAUAAGCAUGUUAUUGUUAUCAACAGUGAACGCAUACAAAAGGAAACCGUUAUUAUUGUGAACAGUGAACAAAAACAUGAAUCUGCUGUGAGUUUGAAUAAUGAAAGAACACAUGGCAAACCUGGUUCCACUGUGAACGAUGAACCUGAUAUUACUUUGGAUAAAGAACAGAUACACUGUGGGCCUGUUCAUAUUUCGAACAAAGAAUGAACAAAUUGUGAAUUAGUUAAAACUGUGAACACUAAACAAUCAAACUUAAUAGUACAUAUAAUGAACGGAUUACAUGAUGGUGUAUUUGUUAACACUGUGAACAGUGAAUGAAUAAACGAUAAACUUGUUCACAUUUAGAACAAUAAACGGAGAUAUGUUCAACACGUUAUUUUUUAAAUUAAAAAAUAAAUGAAUAAAAUAAAAUAAAUAAAGCAAACAUGUUAAAAUUUGAGCAAUGAACGAACUCCGGGUAAACUUGUUAAUAUUGUAAACAAUUGACGUGAAAAUCGCGAACGUAUUAUUACAAAGGGCAGAUAAAACUAGAAGACUUAUGGGAAAGACAGUUCUGUUAAGUUGUACUAAAGUACCAGGUGAAUGGGAAAUUGGUCACUUGGUGUUAACCAAGGACAUGACAAUACUGUGUGCCAAGGACAGACACGUGAGGACGACAUCACGAAGAUUAGUGUUGUCACCAGUGUGGGAUACACGAUAGUUCGUCACUGACGUUUGUUUAAAAGUACCCCAAAAUUACUUUUUAUUGUGUAUUCGGAGAUAAAAUAGGUAAGAGUGUCAAAAGA